CCGGGCGCAUGUGUGGGCUGCUCUCGUUCGGGUUGCGACUCCACGAUGUGGAGUAAUAACGUUAUUGCCGAGCAACGGGAACGGUUGAUGAUGUUUGCUUGAGUCUCGGCUGGGCGGCUGCGCUCCUAGGGAUGACGUAACCUUCAAUCAGGAUUUAGCAGCAGCAGAAAUGAGCUUGACAUCCUGGUUUUUGGUGAGCAGCGGAGGCACUCGUCACCGCCUACCACGUGAAAUGAUCUUUGUAGGCCGGGAUGACUGUGAAUUGAUGUUGCAGAUGGCCAAAGUGUGCAAAGUCCUGCAGAUACGAUCCCGCAGUGUGGACAAGCAACAUGCAGUGAUCAACUAUAACUCUACUGAAGAUGAGCAUAAAGUUAAGGACCUCGGUAGUCUAAAUGGGACAUUCGUAAAUGAAACCCGUAUACCAGAGCAGACCUACAUCACUCUGAAGAUUGAUGAUAAACUUCGAUUUGGUUAUGAUACUAAUUUGUUUACUGUGGUGAGAGGGGAACUGCGAGUCCCUGAAGAAGCACUUAAGCAUGAAAAGUUUACAAGCCAGUUGCAGUUACCACAGAAACCUCCAGAGGCUGAAGAAUCAAAGGAGAUGAUGGAUGGCUCUGUGGAGGCCAGAGCAGAUAUGAUUGUCAGUACGGUAGAUUUGCACAAGGCUGCAGGAGAUACUACUUCUGUACCAGCAGCCCGAGGUACCCCUCUGUAUGGACAGCCUGCUUGGUGGGGUGAAGAUGAUGCCGAUGAUGAGAAUUCAAGUAAACAGGAGUCCAAGCCAGUGAGCGUGAAGGCAGAAAGCAGCGCUACAGGAGAUAGAAACCCAAGCACAACUGCCAAGGACGUUAUUAAAACUGAAGAUAGCAAAAACUUACAAGAUGAAGUAGUUUAUCCAUUUUGCAGAGAACCAAGCUAUUUUGAAAUUCCUACUAAAGAAUUUCACCAGUCUGUCCCAUCAGUGGAAAGUUCAAUUCAUGAAAUCCCAACAAAGGAUACUGAAGCUUCACGUGCAAUAGUUCAAGGACAUGCAUCAUUUACGAUAGAAUUUGAUGACCACACUCCAGGCAAAGUAACAAUCAAAGAUCACGUCACUAAAUUCACUCCUGAACAACGCCAGAAGUUGAGGAAGUCUCCACCAGCCACGAAAGAGCUGUCUGGACUCCAGGCUGCAAUGAUAGCUGCAGAAAGCAAAGUGGCUGAUUGGUUGGCACAAAAUGAUCCACCCCGAAUGAGACGGGAAUCAGUGGACGAAGAUUCCAAAAGCAUAAAGAGUGAUCUCACAAUUCAGAUGAGACGAUUAAAAGGAAAUAAACAUGAUGAUGGAACACAAAGUGAUACGGAAAAUGGAAAUGGUCAAAUGCGUGCCCACAAACAUGCUGCACUUGAAGAUCAGUUGAGGAUGUAUCGUGCUGAACAACAGAGGCUUCAUCUUCAGAAGACUACAACUUCAGAAAAAGCCCAUGAUGUCUCUUCAAUGAGUCGGACUGCUUUUAUGAUUGAGUUCUUUGAUGAAGAUAACCCACGGAAGAGACGAUCCUAUUCUUUCACGCAGAUUGCAGCAGCUGUGCCUCAGGAAGGUCCUCAUCCAUAUCCACCUGCAAAGCCAGACCGGUCAAAAGCUGGCAUGGCUGAGUCAAAGCUAGCUUCAUUACCACAUCAAUUAAGUCCUCCUCAUGCUAAAUCAUCACACAUUAUACAUGACGUUCAUCAAACAAGACAUUUACAUAAACAAAAAUCUGACGAAUCAUCAGUUCCUUUAGUUACUGCUCAAGUACCUCUGCAAAGGAGCUCUGAUAGCACUGGACAAAGACUGAACCAAAGUCAGAUGGAGCAACAAACAGAAAUUUCACCGUCUGCGUCAAAGGAAAUUGACGAUGACCAAAGUGAUAAAGGAACAUACACAAUUGAACUUGAAACUUCCAAUGCAGAGGAAGAGGAAGCUCGUAGAAUGAUUGACACGGUGUUUGGAGUCGUGGAGUCCCCCAGUUACACCGGCUGUGGUAUAACAAGACCAGUCAUUGCUGAACAAAAAACCAAGUGGAAACACAAUACUGCUGAACAGGCAACAGGUGCAAAAAAUGGAGAACUCAGUAAAGCACUUUUGAAUGACUCUGAGAUUCAUCCUGAAGGCUCCUUUGCACCGACUUCUCCCAAGUGGGUGUCACAGUGGGCAAAUUUAGCUGCCAAUGACGUGGCAGCACCGACUUCCGUUGGUCAAGAUCAAGAUGCAGAUAUCAGUGAAUCUGGUAUUUCAGCGAAGAGUGCGUUGGCAACAUCAGAAACAGCUUCAGCCUGUAUGACCGAGAGAAAGAGGAGAACACUCCCACAGCUUCCAAUGGAGGACAAAAUGCUGGAAGGCCAAAGGUCAAAAGAUCCCCUCACUUUAAGUCUUGCAAAACCCAGACGGGGAAUAGAUGAAAAACAAGACACUGAGCUCCCUGAGAAAGAAACUACAACUCCACCUCACCAAAAAGACAAACCAAAGGAUUACACUAAUACAAAUUGGCCUGCCGACAGCUCUAGUGUUAAAAUUAGCAGUGCUGGGGAUACUCAAGGUGGAAAUGCAAACGGCAAGGAAGCUGCGGUGUUUCAUUCUAGUAGCUCCACACAGUCUAUUAAAGCGAAAGCAGAUGCUGUCAGGGUGAUAUCAGCAGCAAGACAAUCUUCACCUAAAACUCAACAACAGGGUUACAAAGAAAACUUGCACCAUCGGAGUUCUUCUAAAACAAUGACUGCUAGUAAGCCUUUACAAACUGAUAAAAGCAAAGAAGCAUCACCAAGACAAGUGACAUCCCAAAAGCCUCACGUGCGGGAAUCUAAACAAGCUGUCGCCACAAGUGCUUCAGACAAAACAGAAGUUCAAAGUGAAGAUAAACACAAGAAGUCAGAAGAGCCUGUCAGAGGGCACAGUUCUAAAGGAGCAGAUGCAGAGAAAAAGGAUUCUCCCAGACCUUUGGUCAGACAGGGAAGUUUCACUAUAGAGAAACCAAGCGGUAAUGUGCCCUUAGAACUCAUACCUCGAAUUAGCAAGCAUUCUGGUUCAUCUGGUGAUGCACAUAAAAGCAUACGCAAUCAGGAAAGGAGUAAUUCUAUUGGGGCAGACUCUACCAGUGGCACUACUGCAUUGUUGAAGGAUACUGAGGCAGUGAUGGCUUUCCUGGAGGCAAAGCUAAAGGAUGAGAACAAGCUGGAUGGUGAAGCAGAGACUCCGAGCUACCACAGGGAUGAUUCCAUUUCCCCUGAGUCAGAUGUUGACACCGCAAGUACUAUCAGCUUAGUUAGUGGAGAUGCAGAAAAGAAAUCUCUUCAAAAACGGAGAACUCUGAGUAAUCUUCACAAGGAGAAAAGCUUCACAAAAACUCCUAAGGAUCAGUCUAGGGCUGUUGCAACCAAUGCUAGAGAAAAACUUGUUGACAGGAAAACCAAAAGUCGUGCUUCAGACCCCAGUAUUAGAACAGAGCCACGUAGAUCAGUACAGCCCACUGGAAGAGCAAGACAGGCCUCUUUUGACUUGACUGAUGAUGACCAAACUUCAAGCUUACCUCAGUCUACAAUCUCUGAUUUUCUUUCUUCAGAUCAGGAGACUUAUUCCAGUCGAUCACAAGGGCGGACAUCAUUCACAUCCACUGAUGAGCUGCUGCAUUCGAAACUGGAGGGCAAUAAAUUAUCCAAGACAAAAACGACAGCAGUCGGCUCAGCCGGCAAAUCGACCACACUACCCAAGCCGCGGCCAACCAGGGCAUCUAUUUUACGCAGAGCACGCCUUGGAGAUGUAUCGGAUAAUGAACUAGCUGAUGCAGACAAAGUUUCAGUGGUGUCUGAGGUAUCGACAACCAGCUCAACUACAUCAAAGCCACCCACAGGCCGAAAAGCGCCCUCCAGGUUAGAUCUCCUUGCGCAACCACGCCGCAGCCGACUAGGUUCGAUAUCAGCUCGCAGUGACUCUGAAGCAACAAUAACUCGGAGUAGUGUUGGUCGAAGUGGUGACUCCUCCAUUCGGAGCAACUUGCGUGGCACCUCAUUGGUAGAUAGCAAAGUGCCCCCCAGACUUCGUGCUAAUAGCAUUUCAAGAAUGCCUGAUUCUUCAAAAGGCAAAGUGUCUGCAAUGGGUCCAGGUUCCCCAUCAGUCUUGUUGCAAGGUCCAAGAUGGAGGCGCUUUCCUACAGAUUAUGCUUCAACCUCAGAAGAUGAAUUUGGGUCAAAUCGUAGUUCACCCAAGCAUAGCCGUUUACGAACCAGUACUGCACUGAGGAGUGCUAAACUGCAAAGUAGUAAUGUAACCCAAUCAACCAACAUGCUCCUGAAAAAUAAGAUGAAGGAACAGGAUGACUACAUAAGGGACUGGACAGCUCACAGUGAGGAAAUUGCCAGGAUCAGUCAAGAUCUGGCCAAGGAUCUAGCCAUCCUUGCACGUGAAAUCCAUGACGUGGCAGGUGAGAUUGAUUCUGUGAGUUCGUCGGGCACAGCCCCUAGUACCACAGUAAGCACUGCUGCCACCACCCCUGGUUCAACCAUUGAUACAAGGGAAGAGGUAGGAGACCUUCAUGGAGGAAUGCCUAAGUUGGUUGAUCGUGUUUUUGAUGAAAGUUUGAACUUCAGAAAAAUCCCUCCUGUGCCCAGUAUAAGACCAGCAGCUGGGAAUGGACGACUGAGUGAAACCAGAUCUCGGAUUUUAGAAGCUGCAGAGCAGGUUGCUACAAAGAGGAAGACCUGGAAUAGAGAUGAAAUUGUUUUAGACAGUUUGAUGCUGACCUCCGUAUCCCAACUGUCACAAAAAAUACGGCAUGCGAUGGAGAAAACCGCUUUGAAGAUCAGGAUUUUGUUUAAAAAUGAAGACAGAAACUGGGAAGAAAUAGAAAGCAAAAUGCGGUCUGACAGUGAAGUUCCUAUCCUGAAAACCUCAAAUAAGGAGAUUUCACUGAUUCUGCAGGAGCUGAAAAGAGUAGAGAAACAACUCCAAGCCAUCAACGUGAUGAUUGAUCCAGAUGGUGCACUGGAUUCAGCAUGUGGCCUGAAAAAAACAAGCCCCAGUUUGCCUGGACAGCCCAAACUGAAGAGCAGUCCGACCCACCAUUCUCGUAUCACAGCCUCUGACUCUGACUACAGCAACCAUUUAAGCCAGUACAAACAUAAUGGAGAAGAUAAAGACAAUUCUUUGCAUGAGUAGCAUUGUUUUGUAUUUUCUUUUAAAGUGGCAAAGCACAUAUCAACAGACCACAUUUUUGAUUUGGCCUGUGUUAGGAGAACAUUUGCUUGCCAUUUAAUUAUGUAGCCUCAAGGUAUUUUCCUGCUUUCCGUGGUUCUUUUGUCACCACGUUACUCUUGCUAGAGCUGUAAGCUUUGCGUCCAUGCAGUAAUGGAACAUUAGGUUGGGGUAAGUUGGGGGGGGGCAUGGGGAUGGGGUUACACACAUUGGUGUGCAGUGAAAUGUGAAUCACAUUGACAGAUUCAGGAGACAUCUUCAAAAUGAGAUGGAGAAGCAAAUUGGCAUUAUUACUAAAACUGGAAUAAAAAUGCAAUGUAAAAUGGACUAAUUUAUUGGUAAUACAAGCCUAGAAUACUGAAAAACGAAACAUUAGUGCCAAGCUGCUCAUUAUUGGUCAGUUUGAAGCACGUUAUGUUGUAUCAAGGACUGGUGUUUGUUAUUUAUGUGUGUUUAACAUGUAAACCACAAAUUCUACAUAGGAUAUUCCUUAACUGUAUAAAGUAGAAAACAUAUUCAGCAAUUAUUGUAAUAUGAGAAAAAAAACUGUACUUUAUGCUCUGGUCAGAAGUUGAUAAUACUGCAAAGUCUUGUUGAUUGCAGCAUUUUUAGCAUACAUUUUUGCACUAUUAACAACACAAUCUGCAGGAUGGGAGUAUAGCAUUGGUAUUUCAUUUUUAUUUCUUUCUGUCGCAUUUAAACAAAACUACAACUAUCGAAAAUAGCAAAUGUUGCAUUGACUUUAUAGAACUUGAUUGAAGGGUUAUGUAUCAUUUAGGUCAAAGGGAAAAUCUGUAUGUUUUCAAUUCUGUUACAGUAGAGUGAUUAACCAGUUGGGAAGAGUGCUCACAAUCAAUGACCAUUAGUGAUGGACUCUUAUCAAAAUUUCAGUUGGUUCACAUGUUGUACUGCAUUAGUGGAAAUUAGUCUUUCAUUUUUUUUAAAGCAAACCUUUGGAUUAGAGAAGCACAGGUGAAGCAGUACACAUUCACAUUUCUGGCAUGGUUUUGCAUCCAUUCGAAAAUGGGAGUAAAAGUUUCCUCACGUGCAUUCACUUGAUGUGAAAUUAGUUUAGGACAUUUUCCACACUAGUUUUGGCAGGGGUUCAUAAAAUGUAACUGAUCAAUUCAGAUGACUUGUAGCAGUGUAGCAUGAGUAGAAAGGAAAAGUGGUGCUGAAAUUAUACUGGGUAUACUCAGCUUAGUUCUAUAUUUAACUCUGCUGUACCAGAUCUGAGUGUUUAUUGCUCACUAUAUGUUCCCUUCACCACACUGAUACCUCCCUUUCCAAUCAGAUUUUAAUAACUAUUCUCCGUCCAUCAUGUAAAAGUUAAAACGGAAUAACGUUCCCCAAGUAAAAUUAACUUUAUCAAUUGCUUAAUGGUUGUAAAUGCAGAAUGUUUUGUUACUCAGCAUUAUUUUGAAAUGACACUUGGAGAAGCCAUAGAAAUGCAUGCAAUGAAAAAUGGAAGCCAUUCGCUGCAAAUAGAAUAUGUAUUUGAGGUUGCAUUUAAGAUAUUAGUUGGGAGAAGGUGGAGAGAUCUGUACAGAAUCUUCCAUGAAAGCAUUUGUUGUCUGUUCUGGAUAUCAAAAGUCUGUGAGACAUUCUCCACCACAAUAUUUGUAUUGACCAGCAUUAUCAACAGUACAGCUCUUUCAUUUAUAAGGGAAACAGUAAUUUAAACCUAAUUAAUGUUUAAUCGCAGAACAACAUUAAUAUUUAGUUAUGUAUUGACUAGGUUAAUGUAAUGUUUGUGUUUUGUUAAGUGAGUACUUCUAGUUCCAAACUGCCUACCUGAAUCAAAUAUCUGUGCUCAGAAAGAUUACAGAACAAACUUUAGGCCUUAAACUAAUGUGACUGUGUUUGCCACCAGGAAAUAAAAGUAUAGCCACUCCUCCUCUCCCUUUUACUUUUCAGCCACUCUAAGAAGAAAGCUAGAAUUGAACCCGACAGAUGUGCAUCACACCCUGCUGGGCUCUCUGCAGAAAGGAACAAGCUUGCUCUUAAAUGAUAACAAUGGGCUGAAUGUUGCAUCAGUCACUUUUGCUAAAGGUUGUCUUGAGUGGUUAUAGCUCUCUGGUACAAGUUAACCUCCUACUAAGUAGAUCAGCUGCCUUGAAAUAUUUUCAAGAAUGAACUUAUUUUUGUGGCCAAAUCACUCAUGGCACUGCCUUGCUUUUUUUAAAUUUAUUGCCACAUAGAUUGCUCUUUCUACAGGCAUGGUGUAACCUUGGAAAAAAUAGUACAUGGUCUUUGCAGUGAUUCAGGAGAUUUGGUGGGGGAAUGGGGGAAGAGAGAGCAACAACAAUCUUUUAUGAUUCAUACAUGAUCAGAUCAUUUGUAAGUGUGAAUAAUCCAAAGAUACUUUUAAAUUGCAGUAUAUUCAUUUGUUUUUACAUUUCCAAAUGCUAAAAUCGAUAACCCUACCCACUUUAUUAUUGACAAGUUAAUUGCCAAUGACCCUGUAAGGUGCAUUUCUACAGUAUUUUCAGUUCACAGUUACUAUGGCUUCUACAGGGCACUGAAUCAAUCAAGGUUAUCACACUAACUGGUAAUUUUACUCUGAAGCAGUUGCUGAAUACAUAGCUGAAUAUACUGAGCAAUAGUCAAGGUAUACAUUUAUUGAAAAUGUUUGCAUUGACAUUUUACUAUUUCUGUCCAUUGCACCAUUAUAUUCCAAGGUGCCUGUGCCGUAGUGCAUAUGAUACUAAGAUUUAAUUUAUUAUAGACCAUAAUGUUGAUACCCAAAAUUGAUCAGGUAUUCUCACUAACUUGUGAUGUGAAUUCAGUGAAGCAAAAUACUGUGCAAUAUUAAGGUCAUGGUAACAUGCAAUAAAUGUUAGAUUGGCAAUAUAGUAUUUUUCCAAAAUAACUUUUGAAUGAUUUGAUGAAAAAUCAUUUUUCUUUCUCAAGAUUACCAAGUGUUGCCUGUACUUGCUCUCUCUUCUCUCCCCCCCACCCUCCACAAUCUGGCUAAUAA